AUGCAGCAAAUACGCCGCACCAACGGCUUUUACAAGGUGUCGUGCCCCAGGGUCUGGAAGCAGUGUCCGGCACCAAGCGGUAGAAGCAGCGUCGGCGCUGCUCACUGCCGCUCACCUCCGCCAGUGCUCACCUCCGCUCACCUCCGCUCACCGCUCACCUCCGCUCACCUCCGCUCACCACUCACCUCCGCUCACCGCCACCGCUCACCGCUGCUCACCACCGCCGCUCACCUCCGCCAUAGCUCACCGCCGCUCACCACCAGUGCUCACCUCCGCCGCUCACCGCCGCUCACCUCUGCCAGUGCUCCCCACCGCUCACUGACGCCGCUCACCGCUGCUCACCUCCCCCAGUGCUCACCUCCGCUCACCACCACCCCUCACCGCCACCGCUCACCACCGCUCACCGCCGCCAGUGCUCACCGCCAGUGCUCACCUCCGCUCACCACUCACCUCCGCUCACCACCACCGCUCACCGCCGCUCACCUCUGCCAGCGCUCACUGCUGCUCACCGCCACCGCUCACCGCUGCUCACCGCCGCUCACCUCCCCCAGUGCUCACCUCCGCUCACCACCACCCCUCACCGCCACCGCUCACCACCGCUCACCGCCGCCAGUGCUCACCGCCAGUGCUCACCUCCGCUCACCACUCACCUCCGCUCACCACCACCGCUCACCGCCGCUCACCUCCGCCAGUGCUCACCGCCAGUGCUCACCUCCACUCACCACUCACCUCUGCUCACCGCCACCGCUCACUGCUGCUCACCGCCGCUCACCUCCCCCAGUGCUCACCUCCGCUCACCGCCACCGCUCACCGCCACCGCUCACCGCCGCUCACCUCCGCCAGUGCUCACCUCCGCCCACUGCCACCACCACCACCGCUCACCGCCAGUGGUCCACACGGGGCCCUUGUGCUUCCUGCUCUCAUGACGUGAGGCUCUGCGAAGUUGGAGGCCACGCCCCAGGGGAGACCCGCAAUCCAGGGGGAUGGGAAUGGAGGGAUGAAGCUUAG